GCCGGUCAGAGAUACAUAGUCGGCCUGCACUGUCCCCUCUGGCGCGCUCUAGGACAACAGCAUGUUUGUAGAUAGGCGAUGGCUGCUGCUGUUGCGAGCUGAGCAUCUGUGCCUUUAAAGCCUUGUCAGUGCACCUCUGUCAGAGCCCGCACUCAACUUCCCACAACUCCUGCGAGUACAGAGCUACCUUAACCAGAAAAGGCUUUGGCUCACCUACAAAACAAGACUGAUGGAAUACUAACUAUGGAAUACCACUGGAUACUGCUGUUUGUUUUUUUACAGUUUACCUUCCCCUCAGGCAACACCAAGCCCACCAUCAUCCCAGCAAAGCCCCAACUUGUGGUGGAGCUCAACCAAGAAUUUGAGCUGCAGUGCUGGAGUGAUAACAAGACACACUGGAGGCGGGAGGAACGAACAAAGCCAUUAAGAGCAAGCCAGAUCAAUGGAAAACUCACGUUGGCUUUUCAAAAGGCUGAUCCUGCAUCAAUGGGCCGCUACAUCUGUGUGGACGAGGGCACCAAAGAGCAAGCUUCCAUCUACGUCUUUGUGAAGGAUCCUAAAAAUCCGUUCCGAAAACCAUUGGUGCCCAAAAUUCUCACUCGUGAGGGAGAUCCAGCUUCUAUCCCCUGCCUGGCAACAGAUCCAAAUCUUAGCAAUCUGAGCUUGGAAACAUGUUCGAGAGGACCCCUGGCCUUCGGCCUCCAGUUUACUGCGAACCUGGAGCAAGGCAUCCUCAUCCACAACACAAGAAAGGCUUAUGGAGGCUGCUACAGGUGCACAGGGACACUCCAAAGACAGACCGUGGAAUCGAAUGAGUACGAGCUGACAGUGAGACCAGUGCCUGAUGAGCCUCCCGUGGUGGAGAUGCAUCAGCCAACGCAAGUGAUUCUGACGCGCAACCAGACUCUGUCUCUCACCUGCAACACCACUAAUGUCAAUGGAGAUAUCACCUUGAGGUGGAUCGUCCCACCUGGCUCGGGUGCCGUCUGGUAUCCACAGCAACCAGCAAAGGUUGAUGGCACUGCACGUAUCCAGCUGGAGAAAUUCACUCACACGCGCAGCUCCACGUUGCACAUUGCAGCAGUUCGGCCUGAAGAUACUGGGAGCUACAAAUGUGAAGCUAGGAACGAAAAAGGAAUCAGCACAAAGUCGGUGUGGCUCGAUGUUUACGAAAGAGGAUUCAUCAGCUUGACUCCCUCCGCGAACAGAACCAUCAAUGUCCGCUCGGGCGAGAGCUUGUCUCUGAAAGUCAGCAUGCACGCAUAUCCAAGCCUGCACACCGUCUCCUGGAGCUUCAAGAACUACGAACUGAAGAACACCAGUGAUCAUGUCAUCAGCACGACGCACAGUAAUGGAUACAGUUACAGCAGUGAGCUGCGGCUGGUCCGGCUCAAAAUGUCAGAGGGUGGUGUUUAUACCUUUCAAGCCUCCAAUGGUGACGCAUCAGUAAAUGAGACCUUUACCAUCUAUGUGAUCAGUAAACCUGAGAUUGUUUAUCAUGAAGGUCCGGUGGAUGGGCGGGUGCGUUGUAAAGCUGAAGGGUUCCCUGCUCCCCAGAUCAAGUGGUAUUACUGUGAGAAAACGCACGUCAGGUGCUCUAAGCAAGUGAAUGCCACCCAAGAAAAAAAGAAUGUCAUCACCAUCACAUUAACCAGCCCCAAAUUUGGGAAGCAAGGGGUGGAGAGCUGGGUGAACAUCAGCAGGGGGCGGUUCAAGUUCCUGGAGUGUUUGGCUACAGGAAAGGAGGAAUCGGAUCAAGACUUCUUACUCUUUUCUAUCAAUGCAGACAGAAGUACUUCCCAUGAACUCUUCACGCCUGUGUUAAUUUGCACUGUGUCUACAGCAGGCAUCCUCUGCCUGGUUCUUAUUGUGCUGUUCUACAAGUACAUGCAGAAACCAAAAUACCAGAUUCAGUGGAAAGUCAUUGAUGGCAUCUAUGGAAACAGCUAUGUGUACAUUGACCCCACACAGCUGCCGUACGAUCACCAGAGGGAAUUUCCAAGGAACAACUUGCGUUUCGGGAAGACACUGGGAUCUGGUGCAUUUGGAAAAGUGGUGGAAGCCACAGCAUAUGGACUCUCUGAAACAGAUUCAGUCAUGACUGUUGCUGUGAAAAUGCUGAAAGCAAGUGCUCACGCCACAGAGAAAGAGGCUCUGAUGUCAGAGCUGAAGGUCCUCAGUUACUUAGGAAACCACAUGAACAUCGUCAACCUGCUGGGGGCAUGCACUGUUGGAGGCCCCACACUGGUGAUCACAGAGUACUGCUGCUUUGGAGACCUUCUUAACUUUCUACGCAGAAAGAGAGAGUCUUUUAUCAACUUCAAGCUUGAAGAAGACUCCUACUACCGCAACAUCAGCCAACAGAAAGUUAGAGAUGGCGACAGCUUGAAUGGCUACAUGGCCAUGAAGCCUUCUAGUGCUGGCAACACGCCGCUCAGCACAACCCCGGAGAGCAGACUCUCUCAGCGCAAAGAUGGCUCUCUUGGUGACGCAAAUGAAGAAUGCGAGUGGUUUGAUGGGGACGAGUUGGCCCUCGACACUGAGGAUCUUCUCAGUUUCUCCUAUCAAGUGGCCAAAGGCAUGGAGUUUUUAGCUUCCAAAAAUUGUAUUCACAGAGAUCUUGCUGCCAGAAACAUCCUGUUAACUCAAGGAAAAGUGGCAAAAAUCUGUGAUUUUGGUCUUGCUCGCGACAUCACCACAGACUCCAACUAUGUGGUCAAAGGGAACGCCCGUCUUCCAGUGAAAUGGAUGUCCCCAGAAAGUAUCUUUGAGUGUGUGUACACAUUCGAGAGUGACGUGUGGUCCUAUGGGAUCCUGCUCUGGGAAAUCUUCUCUCUUGGAAACAGCCCGUACCCUGGUAUGCCGGUGGAUGCCAAGUUCUACAAACAGAUAAAAGAAGGUUACAGAAUGGGGGCUCCAGAGUUUGCACCCAGUGAAAUGUAUGAGGUCAUGAGCUCCUGCUGGAAGGCUGAGCCCUUCAACAGACCCCCCUUCAAAAAGAUCGUGGAGAGCAUUGAGCAACAGCUGUCAGACUCCACCAAGCAUAUUUAUCUGAACUUCAACUCAAGGCUCCCUGUGAUGUUUGGAGCCAGGAAGGAGCCCAGUUCUCAGAGCCCAGCAUUUCAAAGUCUAAAUUCAGUCAGAAAUCACAACAAUCCAACACAGCCCUUACUGCUCCAGCAUGAGGUUUUCUUGGAAAGAACAGCCCUGGAAGCUCAGUGGGUGUAGGGACCCACCCAGCAUGGUUGACUGUCUCGCAAAGUGCCUGUAAUGUUCUGCCACAAACCGCUCAACCACUACAGGAAUCCAACACUCUAAUAUAAGGAACAGGGGUCUUCUGUCAUCGAUGUAAGGCUGUGACUUGACAGGAAGAUUAUGAAGGACAAACAAACGAAGAGUUUUUUCUCUCUUUCUGCUGAACACACGAACAACACUCAUCACCCUGCUCCUUAUAGAGAAUGGUCAAGACACCAAGGAGGGUGGAGGCUGUACUACAUUUAUUUAUCACUGUCAAAGUAUAUUGUUACGCUUUUUUUUCCCCCUUUUUCUCCAGUCACAUGUUCCCAAAUUUUUCAUAAAGAUGUUUUUUGGCAGUCCGUCUGCAACAGAGUUUUUUUUUUGUUUUCUUUUCUUUUCUUUAUACGUUUUGUUUUUGGUUAUUUUUUGCUUUUGUUCUAUCAUGGGAACCUAAGUAGCAUUUUCAGUUUGACUGGUUGUUGGAGGAGGGGGGGGGGGGCACUUGAGGCACUUGAACUUUACAUUAUCUCACCACGUAGUGCACCUUUUUAUUUCAUUUUUCUCUUUUGUUUUUCCAUGAUAGCGGUAUUAUUUCCAGAGGUUCAGACCAGUGCUGUGUGUAGUGGAUUCUGUUUUGGGGGCCAAUUUACAUUGUUGUAUGGAACUACUAAUGCAUAAGCUAUUAGACAGCACGGUCAAUCACUGGUCUGUACGUGCUUCAAUUUGAUUUUUUUAUGUUGAGUGUCACUUACUAGAGAGCAAAUAGGUGUCUGGACCUAGUUAACAGACAUUCUCACUCUACACAAAUACUCAGAAAGUAUCCAUUACUGUAUGGUACGCUAGCUUUCAUUUAUAUGUACUUAUAUCCCACCCAUCUUUAACAACUAAACGUCACAACAAAAAGGUUUAAAAAUCCCAAUUGGAAAACUAUUCCAGCUUUUAAAAUGUUGUUUCUCUGAGAACUAUUGGAACUGGAUAAAAAUCUAUCACAUUUAUUCCUUGUGGAAAAAAAUAACGCUGAUAGAAAAGUCUUGAGUGAUUACAUUCA